AUGUUCCGCCUCCCCAGAGCCCGCAAGGACCCCACCGUCGACGCCGACGCCGACGCCGACGAGAACUCCAGCAACUCUGCCCCCACGUCAACAUACACCGACAGCGACGCGUCGUCGUCCGAAGAGGCCUACGAGCCCGGCCCCUCCUCCUCUCGCACUACUAAACGAAAACCAAAACCUAAGUCCGAGCCCGAAGAGGCCUACGAGCCCGGCCCCUCCUCCCGCACUACCAAAUCAAAACCAGAACCCAAGGCCAAACCUACAAAGCGGAAGCGCGUCUCCCGCGCCGGGCUCUCCGCACGCUCCAACGCCGAGCACCAGCGGCAGAUCAAGCGCCAGCGCGCGGAGAACCAGCAGGCUGACGCCCAGCAGCAGGAGCAGGAGCAGGAGCUACGGACGGUCCCUGAUGCGCUGGCGCCGGAGCUCAUCUGUGUGCUGAUCGGGCUGAACCCCGGUCUGGUGACGGCGGCGGUGGGCCACAUGUAUGCGCACCCGCGCAACCACUUCUGGCGGCUGAUGCAUGCGGGCGGGCUGACGCCGGACCGCGUGUGCCCGCCCGAGAUGGACCAGCGGCUGCCGGAGGUGUAUUCGCUGGGGCUGACGAACCUGGUUGAGCGCGCGUCGGCGGGGCAGGCGGACCUGAGCAGGGCGGAGAUGGAGACGGGGGUGGCGGUGUGUGAGACGAAGCUUAGGAGGUGGAGGCCUGAGAGCGUGUGUAUUGUGGGGAAGGGGAUAUGGGAGAUUAUUUGGCGGGCGAGGAUGGGGAGGAGACUGGCGAAGGAGCAGUUUGUGUGGGGGUGGCAGGAGGAGAGGUGGGGUGCGGGCCCGGGGUGGGAGGGGACGAGGGUGUAUGUGGUUCCCAGUACGAGCGGACUGGCGGCGGGGAUCUCGAUGGAGUUUAAGAGGGAGUGCUGGAGGACGUUGGGGGACUGGGUGCAGAUGAGGAGGGGGGAGAGGGGGGAGGUGGCACCGAGGGCGGUGGAGUAA